AGUGAGAGAGUUAUGUGCUCUUUGUUUUCUUUGUUCUUUCUUUUUUAAUCAUAACUUGUCUUUAAUCAUAACUUGAUUGAAUAUUGUUCAUGUGAUUUGAAUCUUAUAAGUAGCAACUUGAUGAGUAUGUGCAGAGCCACUUUCUUAUUGAUGAUGAUGAUGAUGAGUUUUUCUGGAGGGCUUUCAAGUAUAGGACAAGUAAGCGAUUUAGCCAAAUGAUGUCAGAUAUCCGUGAGGGUGUGGAUACAACCCACGAAUGGCUAAUUCCUGCUUACAAAAAGGUAUUGGAAAGGUAUUGGGAAACAAAUGAGAAAUGGAAAAAUAUAAGGAAAAAAGCAAGAGAGAAUCGAGCGUCACUCUUAGGUGGUUCUGUCCAUUGCGGUGGUUCUAUUCCAUUGAGCUCAACUAUAGAGAGGAUGAAGAAGCAGUUGGGCCGUACACCAACCCACGAGGAGGUCUUCAAAGAAACCCACACACUUAAAAGUGACAAGUCUAAAUGGGUGGACAAGCGCUCUCAAGACACUCAUGUGAGAUAUAGUACAAAUACUCCUCCUAUGUCAAAAUUAUUAACUAAUUUCUAGCUGUCUGGCAUUAACAUUACUGUAUUUAGUGGUCCUAACUAUGUUCAACAUUAUUAUUAUUAUUAUUCAGCUUUGUGCUUUGUGA